AUGAUCGAGACGCUCAAAGAAAUGAAGCACGGCAAGAGCGGCAGUUACGAGAGCCUGGCGCUGGAACGAACGGCGAGUCAGAUUCUCCAUCGCAUGGAGGACAAAGACUCGGAGGACUCUCUGGAAAGCACACGGACAAGAGUACUCGCGAACGCGCGCGCGAUAUAUGGACCGAAUCGUUGUCUAGACGUGAUAAGUUUCGCUCCGACUUCCUCAAGAAAAAUUGGAGCUUGCAUCGUCGAGCACAAUCCUUCGAGUAGAUCCUACGUACACUGCUGCUCUGCGAAAGAGGACUCAAGGCUCGGUGCCAUGGAACACUUGCUCGUCAUCACCGAAGAUCUGCUCCAGCGACUUAUGGACGCCGAGGGCAUCACGAGUAGUGGAUGGUUGCCCGCCACGCCACAGUCACAUCAUGCAGCAAUGUAUGGGAGUGCGCCGGGAAGUGUAGCGGGUGGAGGUAGUGUGGCAAGCAGUGUGCAGCCGAGUCGAAGGGGCAGUGCUCAACCACAGGACCUCCUCAUCGACUGCGCGCAAGGCUCACCACAGUUAAUGCAACAAUCACCUCAGUUCUCACCGCCCGCCCAGUCGAUACCUGCCCAAACCCCCUUCGUCAACGACUUCAACACGCCCUGGUCGCCUCACCACAUCCAAAAGCCCAAGCUCCCUAGAGGCAGCAGUGACACGGUCUUUCACACCACGGCCAACACUCCCAAGCCAGUCGUCCAAACGAUCCCUAGGACUAACAGCGAUAUUAUUCAGCAGCCUAAGCCGGUGCCAAUCGGCCAGUUUCAGGGUCCUGGAAGAGGCAGGGUGCAAUGGAAUCUGGGCUCUGAAGGAUAG